UAAAUCGUAAUUGUGAUUUUGUGACUUCUAUAAUUUUAUUUUAUGACAUUAAGAAUAGUCAGUAAAUACUAAUUGUUGUGAAGUAAAUUUACGUUUUCGAAGCAGUGAACUCCAUAAAAUUUGUUACAGUACAACGUCGUAAUGGGACUUCAGGAUAAUUCCUUUCCUCCAGAGAAAUUGCCACAAUGCUGGCAAGAUGAUGUUCGUAUGAAUGCUUUAUUUGCACCAUUCAGAUUGAAAUCUGCAAACCCUGAAUCAUGGGACAUGAAGAUGAAGUUUUGGUCUGAUCUAGUGAGGCAAUGGUGUCGACAUCGCAGGGAUCCAAUUGUUAGUGCUGCGGAUAUUAAAUGCGCAUUUCAACGCAAGGGUCGUACUUCUGCGUGUAUUGAUAUAGUUAUUGAAGAAAUGUUCCGCAAUGGCGAUCUUUCCCCAAUAUCGAAAUAUCAACAAAUACUCCACAACGGACCGGAAGGCUGGGUCUGGUGGGGGGCUAAGCUGGCAUUUAAACCAGCCGCGAUUGCCCUCACAGCAGUAAGCUCGUUACUUCCGACAAGGCAGGCACUUGACGACAUGGGCUUACCGAAAGCCAGUAUUGAAUCUACACAGAGAUUCGUUCUCGAGUGUGCUGUUAAAGAACAAGCCAUGAAUUUUCUAAACAAUUUUCCCGCUGGCGUUGAGAGAAUUGGUACCAUUGAAGACCUGAUGCUCAUAAAUAAGGUCACAAAUAGAGAAACAUUUGAAAUAAUCCUUGGCUACCUGGUGUCACAAGGUGCGGCUGUCAAGAGAGGCGAUGUUGUCAAAAUUGCGGAACCCAAUAAAAAGGCUACACCGGUGAAUGAAAUGGACGAAGCCCUCGUAAAGCUUAUGUCUGCGGAGAGAAAGCUGGAGAUAGACCUGGCUAGGUUGUCCCGUGACGUCAUUACUACAGACAACGAUGUUCGGGCUGCAUUGAAAUUGGGGAAUAAAUUACUUGCCAAGAACCAUCUCCGUAGGAAGCACAAGGCUCAGACAAGAGUUGAGAGAUGUGAAUCCGCUCUGGAGAAUGUGAGACACCUGCUGCAGCAGGCCAGAGAUGUGGACGUCAACGCAACUGUUGUUGACUCAUACAAAACUAGCGCCCAAGCCAUGAAACAGACAAUGAAAGAUGGCGGACUGGAAGAGGACUUGGUACAUGAUACAAUGGACGACCUGAAAGAGGUUAUGGAGAGUUACAAUGAAGUAGAGAAGGCACUCGGAGGUAACCUCGACGACUUUGACUUGGCCGAUCUGGAGAAGGAGCUCAGUGAACUGAUGUCGGGGCCUGGGGGUGGUGGAACACCAGCCAGGAGUGACACCACAGUUGCAGGUGAUAUGUUGCCGUCACCUCCGAAAGAGCAUCCCGAACGGAAAGUCUCAGACCGCGAAUUCGUGUUCGAUGGCGAGGAGCAAAUGUUAGCUGAACUGAACAAGCUGGGCUUUGAUGACGCAAGUCCUAAGGAGAAGGUGGCCCUGACUGCCGAAGAAUUUACUUCAAAACAAUCAAAAAACACCGACUCGAAACCAUGGAAUUCCCCUCCUAGCGAUAGUCUCAAGCCGACCUCGUGGACUCGAACCUUGGACUCAAGUAUUGAAACGCUCAGCAAGGACUACGUUGAACUGAGACAGGACGAAAGACUACAUCCGGGUCAAACCCUGAAGGUGGAUUACUCAUCACCAUCCCGGCUGUACGGCGCAGAGUUCCAGGUCAGAGACCACAAAUCUGAUGACCAUGGGGUGUGGCUGUUUAAUACUGAUGAUAGAUUUGCAGCAAGUACCGCCUAUACAAGCUCGGAAAGUCCAGGGAAACUGGGCAGCAACUUCCAAAUGGCUCCAGGGGGAGAGAGGAAACAUCCCCCCCGCCCGAAAGAUGAAGACCACGUCGAAGACCAUGUCGAAGAUCUUCAGAGGAGACUGAGCAAUCUGAGAGGUUUCAAUUUAUAAUACUAACCUGUAUAUAAAACUGUAUAUAAUAAACAUGCUGCCAUAUUUCGUAGGGAUUGAAAAGGAUUAAUAUCAAAAUCUAUCAAAUGAAGGUCAUUGGGCUUCUUUGAAGGCAAACUGAAAAUAUUUUCUUCUUCUCAAGGCUACAAUUGGGAAUAUGCAUAUGAUUUAUGUAAAAGUCAAAUAAAAUAAACUCGUGCCAGAAUUUUGCGAGCCAAUAUCUCCUGAGGAUGCCUCGUGUAGAGGCAUAACAUGUAUCGAAUUGAUUGAAGACAAAUAUUGGCGGAAUUCACUCUCAAGAUAACUCAAAAAAUUUGGAUAAUUAUCCGGGUUCCCGCAAAAUAAUGCCUAAUAAAAAUAAAUAAAACAUUCAUUGGUCAGUUUCAUCCAUCAAAAUUAAAUUGUGAUAUAAAAACAUGAGAAUUAUUUAUAUUUUCUAAAUUAAAAUCAUAUAUUUAUUAUAUGUAUGUCACGUGACCGAAAACACCGACCACCAUUUUGUGACGUCACUAUAGAAAAAACAAUUUGGUUUUAGCAACACCUUUAUUUUCAUAAAUAUCAAUAUCCAAGGGUUGAACUGCAAAUUUGACAUUUCAUUGUUUAUGUUAUUAUGACGUCACGAUCAUGGCGACUCCCUUUUUGGCGCGUCGAUCAAUUAAAUUUAAACAAUUUUUCUUGUGAAAGUGAAAUUGUGAAAAUACCAGUUGGCUUUCGAAUCUUAACGAUAAUAUUAGAAUAUAUUUUACAAAAUCGAAGAAUAGCCUAUUACGUUAGAAUUCUUUGAGCAAGAAACUAAUUUAAAAUAUUAAUAAUUUCUGACAAAUUCAAAUAUUGGAAAAGGUACUAGGCCUAUUGGUCGGAGCGAAUUGGUAAUGCAUAAAAUGGCGAGAAAUGUCAAUGAGUUGUGACGUCAUAGUACAUGAUAACAACGCCCGUUGCAAUUGCAAGCAUUUUGUGUCAUGUUUUAACCAUAAUUUUAAUUACAGAAUAUAAUUAUAAAAUGUACCUACAUUCCCUAUUAGACAACAGCUAAGAAAAGUUCAAUGACCGAAAUUUUAUGGUUCGCGAUCGAUUAAGUUAGAACUACUAUCGGAGACACUCAAUUGAUCAAAUUUAUGAAUAAAUUAAAGUCAAAACCGACGAAGAAAAUGAAAUUAAUGUUAUUAAUAUGUUAGCUAGUAAUUAAUUAUAGAUAUAGGUUUUGUAAAUCUGUUGUGUCGUCUCAAAAUUGAUUGAAUUAUUAUAUUAUUUUUUUUGAAAGUAUUGUGAUAUUGUGUAAAUAUAUACAAAUGAUUCUUUUUGUAAUAAUAAUGGGACUUACCAAUGACGUUCUAUACAUAAAGACAAUUCACAUGUCAUAAAUCACACCAUUUUAAUAUUCGACUGCUAUGUCUGUACAUUGCCGCAUUUACUCCAGUUGUUUAAAAUAUUCUUGGUCAAUAAACAGCAAUGUAAAACAUAUAUAAUAAAAAUAAUGUUGACACACUUUUUACACAAAUUAAGUUAAGUUAAGCAUAUAUAGCCUGUGUUAUGGGUUACAAGACAAUGAUAUUUUUAAUGCACAUACAUAAAUACAUUUAAACAUCCAUGACUCGGAAACAAACAUCCAUAUUCAUCAUAUAAAUGCUUGCACCAACCGGGAUUCGAACCCGGGACCUCUAGCUUAGUGGGUAGGAUCGCUAACCACUCGGCUAUACAGGUCGUCUUAUAUUUAUGAAGUUCAAGUUUGAUUCGGACAGUGACAGUUGACAUAUGACUAAUAAGAAAAGUGUGCUUAUAUUGUCUUCAAGCACACUUUUGCCGUUCCGCUAUCAGACUGCGAAUGAUAUGUCCUUAUAUGUUUAUAGAACGUCAUUUCCGAAUACGAAUAAUGCUCUAUUAUAACUAGAUGUAUUUUGUUGAUAAGCUUAAAGAAAAUUUGGUAAAAAUCCAAAAAAAAAUUUAUAUUCUGUAUAUAUUUAGUCACUAUGUUAAGAAGUCGUUGGAUGUAAAACUGUGCCUGACGCAUUAAAUUUCGUCUUGAUGUUGGGAAUAGUUUUAUAUCGAAUGUGUCAUUAGACCAUAGAUUUAGCAGCGUAUAGACGAUUGACAGCCCGGUAAUAAAUGACCAAUAAUGAUUAAUUGUCAAUCUGUGUGUUAGCAAGUAGUUAAAUAUUUAACCCUCCGCAUACAAGGUGACUAAAACUCAAAUGCCUUACUAGGUAGGGUUUGUUAUACCCCAGAUAUAAAACGUAAUAAUUCGAUAAAAAAAUAUUUUGAGAAUUAAAUAAUAGGAAUUCAAUUUUAUUAAUUAAUAAAAAUUGGGUUUAUGUAAAACACGUUUAUGUAUAUAUUACAAUAGACUUAUUAAUAAUCCCUAAAACUUACAUUUUCUUCAAAUAAAAAACAAAUCAAGCUUUUUCUUAAUGGCUAAAUUCAAAUGGCACAUGUAAAGUCCCAGCCACUGUUCAGGCAUUAUCUAUAAAUAAAUUUAAAUGUUUUAUAAAAAAAAAUGGCACUGUCGUAAAUCCUAUUACUCCACUGCUGAAUAUCUAAAUGAUCGGACGGCCAGGGACUAGAUUGUGAUUAUUUUUAUAGCGAUAGAAAUGACUGUACAAUAUCGUAUAUUUUUAUUAAAAAGAGCGCAAAAAAAGAAUGCUGGGAGAGUUUCUUGCGCCGCGGCCGCUUCUUCUCUCUCGGAGCGCCAUUUGUUUCCGAAGCGGUAUUAGUAUCUAGUAGUUAUUAGAAUCAAAAAGAAUUCUAAAGGAAACAAUUUUGAGAAAAUAAAUGCCUUUUAUGCCUUUUUAACAAUCGCAGUUUUUCAAUUAAAAAAAUAAUUAUAAAUACUUCUAACCUAAUAACAAUUAAUUUUAAUUCAAUCAAUAUUAAUUCAGAUUAUCUUCAUUUAAGGUACCACAGUCAUUUUUCAGACAGUAAAAAUCUGCAUGCUCCAUACAUAUAGGCCUGUAACAUUUUUAAUAAAUGUGCCUAGCCUUUCUGUCCUUUAGACUAGGACAAAUUGAAUAUCUUUGUAUUGUAUUGGACCUUUUCGCCGGUGGUUCCUGUAUGUUUUCAAGGGGGCUUUGGUUUUCCGCUGCAUCAUUAUGCGACUCUUCUUCUUCAUUCAUAUAUUCCAAAUCAAAAUCAUCGUUUUCUUCGGUCAAUUUUCGUAAUAUUUCGUCUUCCGAUACAUUAGACAUUUUUUAUUAAUAUUAUUACCUGCUAACAAUAUUUUUUCAUGUUAAAAAUCAUAAAGUAACUCAUAAAUAAAUAAAAAACAAAAGUAGUUACACAUACCUCUUAACCAUGCGCGAUACAAGGUGGGGUGUGCGAUACCCAAGCAGGGGCGUGCAUUCCAUAUAUGCCAAUAGGCAAAGCCUACCUACCAUAUUUAGAGUCUAACUAUAAUACCUACACUAGAUUCCAAGAUAAUACAGAUAAAUUUAGUUCUUUUAUUCUAUAAUCGAACUUCUAUUGAACACCCAAUCAGUUUUUCGUUACGCGAUAUACUAAAUACUCACAGUAAUCAGUUCCGAUAAUGCUUACUGAAGCCUAGUAGAAUACGUUCAAUUUCUAUAACAAAAUUUAUUUGUCAAGGUAAUACGACCACAGCAAAAAAAUAUACAAUUACUUUGUAUAUCGUUCUUAUAUAUGACCAACGCAAUUUGACAUCUUUAACACAUCCGGGGUAAGCAAGUUUAUGGCACUUUGAAAUGACAACCGAGCGGAUUAAACCGACGAAAGAAAUGAUACCUACAUUAAGAUUUAUGAGUAAUUAUUAUGGCGUGUCUCGUUCGCUUAGUGUCCGAGUUUCAACCUUAUUGCGUUCCCAUAAGAGUGUUGACAUCGCACAUGACGUGAUUCAUUAUUUUGAGAUAUAAAAUAUGACAUUUCCGGAAAUAUAAAAUAUAUUGUUCACUAACCAACACUGACAGCGCCAUUUUUUUAUUUGUCGUGUUUUCGUCAUUCGUGUACUUAUACGGGCGUGAAUAAUUAAGCUAAUAACAUUAGUUAUUUCUUUUGUGUUGAUUUGUUUAUUGUUAAUUAUAUUUAGUGUUUAUAUUGGAUUGUGGCGAAAAUACGAUUUGUUUACAUAAAUUAGGUAUGUAUCCUUUUGCACAAUUUUCGUUCGUAGAUAAAAUAAAAAUUGUUUCUCUUUAUAGACCAAUGCAAAAAUAUAUGAGUUUAACUCAACAAAAAGGUAAAAUCUAUACUAAUAUUAUAAAGCUGCAGUGUUUGUUUGUUUGUUUGUUUGAACGCGCUAAUCUCUGGUACUACUGGUCCGAUUUGAAUGAUUCUAUCAGUGUUGGGUAGUCCAUUUAUCGAGGAAGGCUAUGUUUUUUUUUUCAAAAUUAGGGAUCCGUAAUAAAUUGCUAUUUUGUAACACAAGGUGUAAAAUCGAAAACCUAUUUUUGCGUGCGCUGCAAAAACUAUUGACAAUAGAACAAAAUGAUGUACAGGCUAUAAUAUAGGCAAUAUUUUAUUACUUUUAAAACUAUCGCGUGAAUUAUACUUUAUAUGGCAAAACAACGUUUGCCGGGUCAGCUAGUUAUGAGAUAUUUAUUGAAAUAUCUUCUUGGUAUUGACUAAGUAUUACGAAAAAUACACUUGUGAUAUUAAUGGCAAAUACGACUAGUUGGACUUCAAGUGCCUAUCGCACUGGAAAACCAAUGCACGCCCCUGUAUCCUAGCAUACUUUACGCUCGUGUUACGCGCUUGGAAGCUGACGCCCGAUUAAAUGCUUCGCACUAAUCGGAGUGGCAACGUCGCAUUUGCAACUAUUGAGUAAACUAACUCGAUAGUCUUUUUUGUUAAAAUAAAAAUUUAAAUUUUCAAUCGCUGGGGUAUUAUGACAUACCCCAACUUGUACACGGAGGGUUAAAUAUAUAAACAUCUUAACGGUGGAAUAACUCUCAAUAUAUUCUUGAAUUUGCCUGGAACAGAUAUAAACUUUUAAUGCCUACUACUCGGCUAACUCGAGUUAGGAAGUGUUUUGUGGGGCGAUUUACUUUUACAACAAGAUCCUAGAAAAUGUUCAAAACGUUUGUGCGGUAAAGGUUACUAUAAUAUAAAUUUCUUUCUUAAUGAUACCACAGAUUGGGAAUGUAGCGACCGCCCUCGGACUACUAAAUAGUAAAUUUAAUUGAACAAUAUUACAUUGUUACCAAAUUGUUAUGAAAAACAAGUCGCCCGCUGAGUUUCUUGCUUCGACGUUCAAUAAGUGAUAUACUAUCCUAUUUUGAAUAAAAAUAAUUGAAUAAUAAUAUUCAAAAUACUAAGUUAAUGUCCAAAGGUGGCUGACUUUUUACGACUUGUCAAUCAAAAUGGGUUACAGUAACAAUAUGUCCGCUUACCUUUUCUAUCCUGCUAUCAUCUUCGUUAGAGGUGUACUUCUCUCUCGCACUUUUUGCUCGUCUAUACGCUGGACAAUAUUUCAUUAAGUCUGCUAUAAGACUAAUAGUACCUAUUGUGUAAUUUUUGUACGAAAAAGUUGUGAAAUUCGUAAAAAAAUGUGUCUUAGUUAGAAUAAGACUCAAAGGCUAUGUGAAUAUUAAUAGCGAUUCGUCGGUUAUUUUAAUAUUGUUAAGAUAUAUAACCAUAAACUAGACAUACUAAGAUUUACGACCCAUACGUCACUCGGACGGUUGGCUCAGUGGGUACAAGCGCUCGGACGGAGUCCGUGAAGUCGCGGGUUCGAGUCCCGCAUCGUUCAUUAAGUUUGGUUGCAAAUUUAAUUUAAUUAAUCCCAGAUGUCAGGGUUGUAAUGUCCCAUAUUUGGUCGUGACCAAACGUGACGUGUGAAACAACUAUUCUUCACUAUGUAGCACUACAUCCGGGGAUGUCCUUUCCUUCCGCUUUUUUUUUUGCGCCCAAACAAAGGGAAAGAGCUAACCUCCGGGAUAAAGACGGAGGGAGGUGAAAACCUAGGUGCCUACCCACUAAAGAUCACCUGCAGUUGGCUUUGGGCAGGUGCCCUCGAAGCCUUCAUCCAAGGCGACCUUGUCUUGGGGAGAGAGAGGCGGAAGCGGCACUCCCUGUGGAGUUUCCGCUGGGAUAGUGCCUUCCGCUUUAAUUUGCUUUCCUUAUAUAGCGCUCAACGUCACACGGUUAAUGUCACUGUCGAUGUCAUGCAAGUGACAAUGAUUGUUAACACAUACUCAGUUCAGACUAGAUGUCAGUACACUACAAGGGCUAUCACUUUAAAAAUAACAAAUUGUUAAGAUUUUUAACGUAUACUUUCAUGAUGGGCUAUGCAGUGGUAUUGUGAGCCCACAGGUAUUUAUAAUAUUAUCUUCAGUAGGCAUAAGCCCAAGACGUGAUCAUCAUUUCUUCCACUGUAUCAUUCGGAGGCACCAAUUUCUAGGAAAUACGUGUUUUUGAAUAAUUUACGAAACUUACAAAUUUGCGAAAUAUUUUUUUUAUGACAAUAAGGGAUGAAAUGAGCAGGACGGUCAGGUGAUGGUAAUUGGUACGCCGUGCCCAUUAAAAUGCGGUGCCAGUCAGGAUUUUGAAAAAGUAAAAAAUUAAGAAAAAAAUUUAAAGACAUAGGAUGUUAGGUCUCAUUUGCCCAAUAAUUUCACUAGCUACGGCGCCCUUCAGAUCGAAACACGCUUUUCACAAAUUUACCUGCACUUUGUCCGUUUAUAACAUUCUCAUAAAUUGUAAUGAAAACAUAGCGAUAGAAACCUCUCGCUUGUAACUGAGAUGCUAUAUGAUAAACAUUUGAACAUUUGAAGGAGCCUCUCCUUUGCACAGGAUGCCGGCUAGAGUAUGGGUACCACAACGGCGCCUAUUUAUACCGUGAAGCAGUUAUGUAGAAACAUUAUUGUGUUGCGGUCUGAAAGGUGCCGUAGCUAGUGAAAUUAUUGGGCAAAUGAGACUUAACAUGUUAUGUCUCAAAGUGACGAGCGUAAUUGAAGUGCCGCUCAGAGUUUUCAGCUUUUUCAAGAUACCUGAGCGGUUCUUCAUUCUAAUGGGUAAGGCGUAUCAAUUACCAUCAGCCGAACGUCCUGCUCGUCUCGUGCCUUAGUGUCAUAAAAAAAUGUUUAUUUGGAACCUUAUUGGUGUGUGUUUCCAAUGAUGACUUACGGUACGCAGACGUGGUCGCUAACUAUGGGCCUUUUGAGGAUGCUCAGGGUCGCUCAGAGGGUAAUGGAGAGUACUAUGCUCGGAGUUUCUCUGCGAGAUCGAAUCAGAAAUGAGGAGAUCCGUAGUAGAACCAAAGUCGCCGACAUAGCACAGAUGAUUGCGAAACUGAAGUGGCAGUGGGCAGGGCACAUAGCUGGAAGCACCGGUGGUGGCCCGUGGGGCUGAACAGUCCUGGUAUAAUGACCACGUACUGGAAGACGUAGUGUUGGUAGGCCCCCCACAAGAUAGACCGAUGGUCUGGUCUAGAUCGCCGGAAUACAUGAUAUGAGGGUAGUGCAGAACCGAUCGUCGCGGCGAUCUUUGGAGGAGGCCUUUGUCCAGCAGAGAAUUUAUUGACGCACGGUUUGACAGUUCUGCUGUGAAACAAUUUCAUUACGACAGCAGGGUGCAUAUUUUACGAAGUAAUUUUUGAUGUUAUGAUAUAUUAUUGACAAAUUCAUAUAAAAACAUUCUUUUAUUUAUUAUAUACAGAACAACGUCUGUCGGGUCAGCUAGUAUGUUAUAAAUAGGGAACACCAUAUUCAACUUUGCAUGAUGACAAUUUCGAAAAUUUUAGGCGGAACUGCUUAGUGAAAAUUGAAAUUGAUUUGCAGUGCAGUGAUUUGACAUAAGUUUGAAAUAGUAAUUACAAUAAGUAUAAUCCGGUUAAGUUUGAAAGGGAACAGUUGCUUGAAACGUAGUGGAUUUCGGCUAACUCAGUUUUUUACAAGAUUAUAACCGUCAUCUGUCAAUCUAUCAAUGACUGCAUGUUUCAUGCAAUCGCUUUAUUUUUUACUAAUCAGGUCAAAGAGGUUCUAUGGUAAAAUUUACCAUAGAGUCACAUUUCAACUGUACAUAACUCUAUUUUUGAUCCCGACCACCUAAAAACGCAAAAUAACGAUUUUCAUUCCAAAGGUAAAGGUAUGGAGGGGUCUAUACCUAUUGUGGAUGCUGAGAAAUAAAAAUUCCACCACUGUGCUUUAUAUAUAUAGAUUUGAUAAAUAGUUUGAAAUUAAACAUAGACAUUCUAAAGAUGAAAAUAGAUGGAUACUCUUGCAUUACGGUUUGAGUUUAACCCCCUUAUUGAUAAUGGUCCGCUAACUUUAAACAGCCGCUAAGGAGUGUUUUUUCUCAUUCUGACUCAGGUCAAUAGAAGAAGACAGAGUGAGAAUUAGCAAUGCUUUAAGUUAGCAGACUAUUAUGAAUAAGGGGGUAAGGAGUUAAAUGGAUAAUUAUAUUUGUUCUAUUCAUGAUCUUCCAUGUUUGAGAGACUCUUAUUAGUUAAGAAAGCUAUAAUAAUAUGUAUGAUUUUUGACGAGAGAAACAGUGACAUAUCCAAUAUUUCGUGUGAAAAGCGAAAACGCCUGACCAUGAAACGCCACUUAACAAGUGAAACACCAUCGAAAAUGGGUAAUUUUUUCGAAAUACCCUCAUUAUAUUUUUUAAAACCAUUUAUACUUUAUUCUUCUAUUCUGUCAUUAUAUUCAUUAUUGCUAUCUGUAUUACUUAUAAGCCCCGCACGCUACGUCGUUUUCUGGUAUUGGAACGCAGCUGUUGUAAAGCGCAACUACCAACUUUAGUGUUGUAAGUGAUGAAUUGUUAUUGUAAAUAUAUAAUGAAAAAAAAAUGAAGAAAUAACAAAAAAAUAUGGUUGUGUAUUAUUUACGUGUAUGUUUGUUUUGUAUUCAUUUUUGUUAAUUUUAUAUUUUCAUAUGUGUAAUAUAUAUUGCAUGAAAGACAAGAA